GUCGAAGAAGGCAUUGAAAUGCUUCGCAGUGUCCUCCCAGACACGACAAUUAUAGUUGUUUUGAAUAUUAUUGAUCGCAAAGGCCAGCACCCCAGCGAAGUUCUGGGCAUUACUUCAACAUACACCGUAUUUGCCCACCUCGAUGUCGCAUCUACAGCCAUGUCUAGUUACUGCACCUGCCUAUCAUUUGCAUAUGCGGUGCUAGUAUCCGAGAACCGUCUUGGGUGA